AUGCUUCAAAGCAAAUCUUCAAUCUUCCCCACCUUACUCACUUACACCACGCCCUUUCAACCACUUACACCCACAACACCUCCAACCCAAACACUCAUAACCAUUACAAUGGCUGGCUUCACUCUGAUGUUCACUCCCACUGCCGCUGUCUACGGACGCUCUGGCUACAACAAGGACGGCGACGAGGAGGAGAACAACAAGGGCCGCUCCGGCUACAACAAGGACGGCAACGACGACGACGACGACAAGAACAAGGGUCGUUCCGGCUACAACAAGGAUGGCGAUGACGAGGAAGACAAAUAA